GAUACCUCAAACUGUCUGACAACAACAGGAUGGUGACACGGGUGGAGGAGGAGCAGCAGCCAUAUCCUGAUCAUCCAGAGAUGUUUGACGACUGUCGUCAGCUGCUGUGUAAAGAUGGUCUGACUGGUCGCUGUUACUGGGAGGUUGACAGGAGAGGAGGAGGGGUUUCUAUAGCAGUGUGUUACAGAGGAAUCAACAGGAGAGGAGACAGCGACUCUAGGUUUUCAUGUAAUGAUCAGUCCUGGAGUCUGGAAUCCUCUGGUGGUUGUUACUAUGUCUGUCACAAUUACAGCAGAACGGACUUCCCUCUCUCCUCUUCCUCUGUCUCUACAAAAGUAGGAGUGUAUAUGGACUGUCCUGCUGGCUCUCUGUCCUUCUACGCAGUCUCCUCUGACACACUGAUCCACCUCCACACCUUCAACACCACAUUCACUGAACCUCUUUACCCUGGGUUUGGGUUCUGGGUCUCCGGUGCCUCAAUGUCUCUGUGUUCUCUGUAGGAGGAAAUAACUUCCUGUUCUGGGU